AUGAUGGGCUCCGUGCUCCCGGCGGAGGCCCUGGUGCUCAAGACCGGGCUGAAGGCGCCGGGGCUGGCGCUGGCCGAGGUCAUCACCUCCGACAUCCUGCACAGCUUCUUGUACGGCCGCUGGCGCAACGUGCUGGGCGAGCAGCUCUUCGAAGACAAGAGCCACCAUGCCAGCCCCAAGACCGCCUUCACCGCCGAGGUCCUGGCGCAGUCCUUCUCGGGCGAGGUUCAGAAGCUGUCCAGCCUGGUGCUGCCGGCCGAGGUGAUCAUCGCGCAGAGCUCAAUCCCCGGCGAGGGCCUCGGCAUCUUCUCCAAGACGUGGAUCAAGGCCGGCACCGAGAUGGGCCCCUUCACUGGCCGGGUCAUCGCUCCGGAGCACGUGGACAUCUGCAAGAACAACAACCUCAUGUGGGAGGUGUUCAAUGAGGAUGGCACGGUGCGCUACUUCAUCGACGCCAGCCAGGAGGACCACCGAAGCUGGAUGACCUACAUCAAAUGCGCCCGUAACGAGCAGGAGCAGAACCUGGAGGUGGUCCAGAUCGGCACCAGCAUCUUCUACAAAGCCAUUGAGAUGAUCCCUCCAGACCAGGAGCUGCUGGUGUGGUAUGGAAAUUCACACAACACCUUCCUGGGGAUCCCUGGUGUGCCCGGACUGGAGGAGGAGCAGAAAAAGAACAAGCAUGAGGACUUCCACCCCGCGGACUCGGCGGCGGGCACCGCGGGACGCAUGCGCUGCGUCAUCUGCCACCGCGGCUUCAACUCGCGCAGCAAUCUGCGCUCGCACAUGCGCAUCCACACGCUGGACAAGCCCUUCGUGUGCCGCUUCUGCAACCGCCGCUUCAGUCAGUCGUCCACGCUGCGCAACCACGUGCGCCUGCACACGGGCGAGCGCCCCUACAAGUGCCAGGUGUGCCAGAGCGCGUACUCGCAGCUGGCCGGCCUGCGCGCCCACCAGAAGAGUGCGCGCCACCGGCCGCCCAGCGCCGCGCUGCAGACCCACUCGCCCGCGCUGCCCGCGCCGCACGCGCACGCGCCCGCGCUCGCCGCCGCCGCCGCCGCCGCGCACCACCUGCCGGCCAUGGUGCUGUGA